AUGAAUGUGAAUAAAAUAGACAGAUUUGUAAUCGUGAAAGAACGUUUGGGUGCAGCAAAAUUGCCGGGUGCAUUAAAGUAUAGCAGGAACUAUUAUAGCACCCUUAUUUCGGAAGAUGAAGACGAGGUCCCGGUAGAUAUCGAUUUCCUUAGCUUCAAUGCGGGCAAUUCAAAGGUGGACGAACGCAGCGAAGUACUGCUUCAAGAUAUUACCACUGCUGUCCAAAACAAAGGCAAAGAUUUUGGUAAGCUGAUGCUUUGCUUUUGUUACCAAACGAAUGAAACAAAUUUCUCCGUGUUUAACUUGGUGCUACUCGGUUUUUUGCUUCAUUUGAUUUUGACGGGAAAAGGUCGGAGUGAAAUUUAG